GCAUUUGCUUCUAGGAAACCACGAGUUCAUUCAACGAUUUCACAUCUGUUCGAUAUGUUAGCAAAAUCACUUUCACUGAUGCGAAGUAUCGUCACUCACCACAUUCGGUCUUGUCCUCAUUUGCUACAUUCUGAAGCAUUGUCCGCUGCUUCUCAGCUGUGGCUCAUCAAUGUGAAACUGUCGUGUGAUCUAACAAGGAAUGUUUAUGAGCAAAUGAUUGAAGCACUGAGUGGGUAUGUCAGAGUGGUAAUACAUUUUUGCCAAUGUUUAUCAUCAAGCGAAAAUUCUCUUUCCUAUGAUUUUCAGACCAAUUGGACCUCCUUCACUGAGACGCUACAAUGUCGGAUGUCAAAGAAGAGACAGCCCUGCCAGCCAGUACAACAGCUGGCUUUGCUAGCAGAUAUCUUAUCAUUCAUGGGGCAGAAACAAGAAAGCUCGAGAUCACCACAUGUAGACAUUGAAUGGAUAGAUGGAGCUGCACUGAUAAAGAUGCUGAUAGCGUUUGGUGACACUUUAACAAAACAUGCCGAUAGUGAGAAGUUGGCCGUCUUGUCUGCAAUGAAAGCAUUGUUGAGAGUGAAUCAUAUGGCUAAACGAAUUGCUUUAGACAAUGGAUUUCUUCAGACAACAAUUUGUGAACUACAAGAGAUGGAAACAGGGCUUGGAACAAUCAGACAGAAAGUCAGACUGUCUCAAACUGCAAGGAAGAAGCAAGAGGAAGCACACCUACAACCAGCUGUCCUUCACAUGAAUAUUCUUAUUAAUCUUUUAAUCGGAAGUGAGAGAGCAAAGGAGGCUGCAGCUGAAGAGGGGUUAGCAAAUGUAGUGUAUUCUUACUGGUCGUACUGUCUGCUUUAUCACAAAGUUAUGAAGAGCUCAUUGAAGCUGUUGAUAACAUUCACUGCUGGCAGUUCAAAAGCUUGUGCUGCGCUUUUGCACACUUCUAGUCAGUCUGGUGAUGGUUCUUUGUUCAAUGGAGUUUUGAAAUUUGCCUGCCAGCUUGCUGGUAGUGCACAACGUGCUUCAAGUUCAGGAGUUCAAGAACACAUGGUUGAAGAAAUGCAGCUCUUGUUCACACUGCUAGCAAAUUGUGUUCUUUGUCAUGAAUGUUUGUCAUCUUUGUGGAAGAGUAAUCUUAUUGCUCACUUUACAACAUCUGGAGGUGGCAGCAAGAGGGGGAAGAUGGAUGAUAGAAGAGCCAUGAUGUGGCUAAAGUUACUUGCAAAUUUAACGUUUUCUCGUGAAGGUCAAAAGAUGCUGCUAAAAGUACCAGGUGCAACUCACACUUUGCUGGACUUUGCUGCUUGCAAAUUGCAUGGUGUUCGAGCUAUGGCCAUCUUGGUUAUCCGUAACAUUUGCUUUACUUCACACGGACGAUCAUUUGUGCUGAGUGAUGAAAACUGUGUUGGCAUGUUGGCUCGAGUUGCUCGUGGAGGUGACUACAAAACAGAAGAAUUAUCAUUGUCUGCGUUGAAUGCUCUGCUUCAAUCAGGACACAAGGUUCGGUCUGUACUCAAGCAAUUAAAUAUCCUAGAAAAAGCAGAAGAAUACAAACCAAAGCCAAUCAGUUGGUGACAUGUCGAUGUAUUUACGUGUGCAAGUUCACAUCAUAUUUUAGUCAACCGUUGAUGAGACAGAAACAUCGACAGUAAGAUAUUAAUACAAUUUAAUUAAUUCACAAGACAGUUUAGUCGCAUUUAUAAUUUUACAAUAAAAUUUGAAUUUGUGAUAUGUUAGACAUGACUAAUGUGUUAUCCACCAUAUCAUUAUGGAAUCCAGAAAUCUUAU